CAAUGGAAAAAUUUCUUUUUUAUCUGUUUUUCAUUGGCAUAGCAGUGAAAGCUCAGAUCUGUCCUAAGCGUUGUGUCUGUCAGAUUUUGUCUCCUAAUCUUGCAACCCUUUGUGCCAAGAAAGGGCUUUUAUUUGUUCCACCAAACAUUGACAGAAGAACUGUGGAACUGCGUUUGGCAGACAAUUUUGUUACAAACAUUAAAAGGAAAGAUUUUGCCAAUAUGACCAGCCUGGUGGACCUGACUCUAUCCAGGAAUACAAUAAGUUUUAUUACACCUCAUGCUUUUGCUGACUUACGGAAUUUGAGGGCAUUGCAUUUGAAUAGCAACAGAUUGACUAAAAUUACAAAUGAUAUGUUCAGCGGGCUUUCCAAUCUCCAUCAUUUGAUAUUGAACAACAAUCAGCUGACUCUCAUUUCUUCUACAGCAUUUGAUGAUGUCUUUGCCCUUGAGGAGCUGGAUCUGUCCUAUAAUAAUUUAGAAACAAUUCCUUGGGAUGCUGUUGAGAAGAUGGUUAGCUUGCACACCCUUAGUUUGGACCACAAUAUGAUUGAUAACAUCCCUAAGGGGACUUUCUCGCACUUACACAAGAUGACUCGGCUAGAUGUAACAUCAAAUAAAUUGCAGAAACUACCACCUGACCCUCUCUUUCAGCGAGCUCAGGUACUCGCAACCUCAGGAAUCAUAAGCCCAUCAACUUUUGCAUUGAGUUUUGGUGGAAACCCUUUGCAUUGCAAUUGUGAAUUGUUGUGGUUGAGGCGUCUGUCCAGAGAGGAUGACCUGGAGACCUGUGCUUCUCCAGCACUUUUAACUGGCCGCUAUUUCUGGUCCAUUCCUGAGGAGGAGUUUUUGUGUGAGCCUCCUCUCAUUACUCGGCAUACACAUGAGAUGAGAGUCCUGGAGGGUCAGAGGGCAACCCUGAGGUGCAAAGCCAGGGGAGACCCUGAACCUGCAAUUCACUGGAUUUCUCCUGAAGGGAAGCUUAUUUCAAAUGCAACAAGAUCUCUGGUGUAUGAUAAUGGAACACUUGACAUUCUUAUAACAACUGUAAAGGAUACAGGUGCUUUUACCUGCAUUGCUUCCAAUCCUGCUGGGGAAGCAACUCAAACAGUGGAUCUGCAUAUAAUUAAGCUCCCUCACUUACUAAACAGUACGAACCAUAUCCAUGAGCCUGAUCCUGGUUCUUCAGAUAUCUCAACUUCUACGAAGUCAGGUUCUAAUGCAAGCAGCAGUAAUGGUGAUACUAAGAUGAGUCAAGAUAAAAUUGUGGUGGCGGAAGCAACAUCGUCUACAGCACUACUUAAAUUUAAUUUUCAAAGAAACAUCCCUGGAAUACGAAUGUUUCAGAUCCAGUACAAUGGUACUUAUGAUGACACCCUUGUUUACAGAAUGAUACCUCCUACGAGCAAAACUUUUCUUGUCAAUAACCUGGCUGCUGGAACUACGUAUGACUUGUGUGUCUUGGCAAUAUAUGACGAUGGCAUUACUUCCCUCACUGCCACAAGAGUCGUGGGUUGCAUCCAGUUUACUACGGAGCAGGAUUAUGUGCGAUGCCAUUUCAUGCAGUCCCAGUUUUUGGGAGGCACCAUGAUUAUUAUUAUUGGUGGAAUCAUCGUAGCAUCUGUACUGGUUUUCAUCAUCAUUCUAAUGAUCCGGUAUAAGGUUUGUAACAAUAAUGGGCAACACAAGGUGACCAAGGUCAGCAACGUCUACUCUCAAACUAACGGGGCUCAGAUACAAGGCUGCAGCGUGGCGCUGCCCCAGUCCAUGUCCAAACAAGCCGUGGGACACGAAGAGAACGCCCAAUGUUGUAAAGUUGCCCAAGACAAUGUGAUACAAUCUUCGGAAACUUGUCCAAGUCAGGACUCCUCUACCACUACCUCCGCUUUGCCUCCUACCUGGACUUCAAGCACUUCUGUGUCCCAGAAGCAGAAAAGAAAGACUGGCAUGAAGCCAAGUACCGAACCACAGAGUGAAGGUGUCACAAAGGUUGAGUCCCAAAACACUAACAGGAACAACUCCACUGCCUUGCAGUUAGCUAGUCGACCUCCUGAUUCUGGCACAGAGGGGCCCACAUCUAAAAGAGCACAUUCAAAGCCAAAUGCUUUGCCGACUAAUGUUGACCAGAUUGUCCAGGAAGCACAGAGGCCGGAGUUAAUCUGAAGAGCACUACUUCUCUCUCUCCUGAAAAAAAUUGCCACUGAUAUUUUUACUGGAUAAAAUUUAAAAAUGUUUCGAUUCACAAAGGCUAAUUGUUGAGCUGGUGUCCGAGAAGAAAUUGUCCACAGGAGCCGAAGCAGAAGUCGCUGAUGCAGGUGGAACUGGCUCUAUCAGACCAUGGUUCAUCCCCUUUUAAAACCAAAUUUUUUUUUUCUUCUGGCCUACAAGUAUUUUUUUUAAAGAAGGAAAGAAAAAAGCCUACAUUGGCAUCGAGUUCUGUAUCAAUCCAUGUUACA